GUUCACACAAUACGAUAAAAAAUACUUAUUUCAUCAAAACAAAUCCAAAAAUAGUGUUAAUUGCCAGCAAAUAAAAAAGUUACAUUAUUGUCACCAGUAUCACAGAAUCCCAUUACUAUGUCAACCUACGCAUCUCGAACAAGGUAAACUUUCCCCAUAUAAAAGGGGUAGUAAGUAUUUUCGCAUCAUUCGCAAAUCAGCUGUGCUUUGGACGCCAUCUUGAAUUUUGGAGGCAAUCUUGGAAAAUGUUUAAAAUAACGGCUAUAGUGUCUUUGAUGCUAAUUGCGACGUGGUCCCACGCGGACUCUAGGCGAUAUAAAAAGGAGGCCACUUCUUCCUCAGGCAGCACCGUAUGGGGUACUUUCUCGUGUGACUCCUGCGGCAACGAAUGUGUGAAGGCUUGCGGCACCAAACAUUUUAGGGCGUGCUGCUUCAAUUAUUUGAGGAAGAAGCGAGGACCCGAGCAUAUUAAGUUCUGGACACCAAGUGCAAUGGAAGUAAAAAUGGAAUCCCCAUACAAGACUAAACUACCAAUAAUAACCAUCGAAACAGUUCCAGACUUCUUCGGAGAGCUGUCCAAGGAUGAACCUAACCCCUUUGAAGAUAUGUUUGAUAAUAGAAUGAUGUAUGAGGUUUAAGCUGUUUUGAGUUGGCUGCAAUACUCUGCUGCCCAAAAAAGGAUUUUAGUUUAGUUUAAGGAACUUAAAAAUAAUAGUACUUAUUAUUAAAAUUAUUUAAAUUAAGAACAGUUUAAUAAAUUAAAUUGUUCCCGGUGCUAAAGGCUCGUAAUUUGAUAAAAUAAAUAAAGAUAUUACAAAAUAAUAGAUAUUUACUUUAUGAAGCUUACCAAAUAAUGUGACGUUCUACGGGUAAAGGUACCUUAUGGCGGUGACGCUAUUAUUAACGACGCUCCAAUAGUAAUAAGGUACUACACGCCGUAAGCGACAACCGCCAUAAGGUACCUGUAGCCGUGGAACGUCACACAUAUCUAAAUUUAGGUGAAAAUCUGUUCAAGCAAGCAAGAAAAUUUUUUGGUCACUUUGAUUAUUUAACGUUUUUUUUUAUUAUUUUUAACGUUUUUUUAUAUGCAUUUAGGCAACGUAUGUAUCUAUGGCCAUACAUCAAAUAUUUUUUGGGUGGCGGAAAAGACCCCUGUUAAUUUACUAUACGUAAAGUUUCUGCCAAAAAUUUAUUUUUGACAGAAAUUUUACUAAACAUUAACAUAUUAAAGUAAAGGUCGGUAAAAAAGUACUUUCUCAAACUAUUAAAGCUUAGAUAAGUAAGUAGUUAUUUAAAUUUAAAAUCGAUGUAGGUCGGUGGUAUUUUAUGUCCAUUUACGGCUGGGUAAACGGACAUGAAAAGUUGAAAACCUUAGUAUUUUUGGCGAUACAGACGAAUAUUAAAUGUGAUUAAAAAAUAUAAGCAUUAACAAUUCAGUAUUAUGUUCACUAAAACUUUUUUUAGAUAUUUUCCACAUUAACUAAAUGUGACGUUCCACGGCUAAAGGUACCUUAUGGCGGUUGUCGCUUACGUCGUGUAGUACCUUAUUACUAUUGGAGCGUCGUUAAUAAUAGCGUAAGCACCAACCGCCAUAAGGUACCUUUAUACGUAGAACGUCACAAAUAGGGUCAUAAUCGUGUAUAAAUAAGCUUACAAACUACUCCGACGCGUCGGACGUUUCAGAGGGCCUACCGCGAACCACGUUCGACGUGUUGCCUCUCUGUCGCACUUGUGAAUUCGUAAGUGAGUGUGACAGGGAGGCAACACGUCGAACGUGGUUCGCGGUAGGCCCUCUGAGCCGAUAUUGUGACACGCGGAGAUAAUUUUAACGCAUAUUUCUGCCUGAUCCCGUUUUAGUCAAUAAUGUUCCUGUAAUAAUUAUUUAGCUCUUUAUAUAUUUAAUAACUUAACAUCUUCUGAAAUAUUUAAAUAAAUAAAAGUCUGCGUCGAGAAGAA